AUGGAUGAAGAAAUACCGGUUCGGGGUCGUUCAAGAAGAGAAGGGAGGACUGUCACUAAUCUUCACCAUUACUGUGCAGAGAUUUUUUAUGUUGCUAUUGACAAAAUAUGUGUGGAGAUGGAUCACCGGUUUAGUGAAGGAAGUAACAUUGUGCUAGAUUACUUCUCAUGUCUUGACCCGAAGAACUCUUUUUCCAAGUUUCAUGUUGAUAAGCUUGUUCGUCUUGCUGAUAUUUAUCAUGCAGACUUUUCUAAUGAUGAUCGUGGAACAAUAAGGGAGCAACUUGAGACUUAUGUACAUCAAGUGAAAAGGCAUGCUUCAUUUACUUCUUGUGAAGAUGUUCAAAGUUUGGCUAUGAAGAUGGUUCAAACUAAGAAACAUUUGGUAUUUCCAUUGGUCUACAAACUCAUUGAGUUGGCUUUGAUAUUGCCGGUGUUGACAACAUCCGUCGAAAGAGCUUUUUUAGAAAUGAAGAUUAUCAAAUCAAAAGCUCUGUAUGAUUAA